CGGUGUGAACAGAUUUGUUUUACAUUUUUCACUCUCAGGUAAUACUAAUCUUCUCUUUUUAAUCAUGGGGUUUCCCCCAAUUUGAUAUUGAUAUUUUCAAUAAAAUGAAUAGUGCUACUUUAAGAAUAAAGCUUUGAUUCCCCCCAUCAGAUGUUUGGAGAACAGUGAUAAUGGAGAACCCUAAAACCCCAGAAACCCUAGAAUCAAAAAACCCGGAUUUGGAUUAUGAUAAGAAUGAGGGGUCAAAGGAAGAUAAUUGUUUGGGGAUUAAUGGAGUUGAUUCGGUUAAGAGGAUACGAGAAGAUCAUAUUGGUGUCGUAGUGGCCGGAUCAGAUGAGAGGUUGGAAGAAAGAGUGGAUAGUGGAAGUGAGGACAAUGCGGUUGUAAAACAUGAUAAGAAUGAGGGGUCAAAGGAAGAUCAUUGUUUGGGGAUUAAUGGGGUUGAUUCGGUUAAGAGGAAACAAGAGGAACAUAUUGGUGUUGAAGUGGCCAGAUCAGAUGAGAGGUUGGAAGUAAGAUUGGAUAGUGGAAGUGAAGACAAUGAAGUUGUAGAACAUGCUAAGAAUGAGGGGUCAAAGGAAGAUCAUUGUUUGGGGAUUAAUGGGGUUGAUUCUGUUAAGAAGAUACAAGUUUCCGGAGACAACAUAUCACUUUAUGUAGACUUUUCAAGUUUUUUAUGUAGACUUAAUGAUGGAGUUGAUGCAAAGAAAGAGGAUCAUAUUGGUGUCGUAGCGGCUGGAUCAGAUGAGAGGUUGGAAGUAAGAAUGGAUGGGGAAGUGUGGACAAUGUGGACAAUGUGGUUGUAGUAACUUUUAAGGACGAGGGGAAAAGGGAAGAUCAUUCAGGGAUCAAUGGAGUUGAUUUGGUUAAGAGGAUACAAGUUUCUGGAGACAACAUAUCGCUUUAUGUAGACUUUACUGGUACUUUAAAUGAAGUAAUCAGUAGUGGGUUAAUGAUAAGUAAGGAGGAAUUGCAGGAACCUAGAAAUAAGGAGUUAAUGAGCGAUGGGCAGGAGCAUAAGUUUCAUGUAGGUGAUUUUGUUUGGAUUAGAAUCAAAGUCAGAGUUGGUGGCCCGGAAAGAUUGUUGAUCAUUCGGAGGAGCCGGAGUAUGCUUUGGUCCGUGACGAUAAAAACUGCUUGCUGGUUGGGUCUUUUGGUAGUAGCCAUGUUGCUUGGUUCCGCCCAUCUCAGUUGAAGCCUUUCCAUUUGAACUUUGAUCAGAUGAUUAGACAGAAUAAAGAUAGAAGCUUUCUCAGUGCGGUUGAGAAGGCUAUAGAUGAUUUCGGGAAGCACCUGAAAUUGGAGAUGGCAUGUCAUUGUGUUCUGAAAGAAAAUAAGUUCUUAUCUAGUAAUUCCGCUACUAAUGCUUCUAUGGCAGAAUGCAAAUCUGGUCCAUUGGGGGUGUUUCUGCCGUUCAGUUUGAGCCUGAGAAGUUUCUUUAUCAAAUAAAAAUCUUGCACAGGUUGUUUCUAACCCCAGUAUGUUCGACUUUAUUGUCCUACAGAACUAUUUGUUGGCCUUUUACCGUUCCAUGGGCUAUUGUCAAUUGCCCAUGCAUCAACUUUGGGGACCUACAUAUGAUGCAGACAGUGCUGGUUGCAGUUCAAUUGGUGGAAAAGAUGCCAAUGAUGGUUUAGCUGAAGAAAAUAGCUUCUCAUGUGAGUUAUUUCCGGAAAAAUCUGAUUUAAGAAAGAACGAGAUGUCCCCGCUCAAUCAGAAUGGGUUGUUGGCCAAGAUCUCUGAUGAGAAUGGGAGUGCAUUUGCGGAGAACUGUAGAGACACUAUUGGAGCAAGUGUUGGCUCAAGCAAACGGGUUUCAACUUCAAGAGAACGAGGAAAAUUUAUUUUGAGGUGACGAAUAACAGCACUCAGGUUGAAGAGCUUGACCAGGGCAUGUAUGUUUCUUCCGUAGGAAAUGGCACCGAAUUAAGAAAUGAAUGGGCUUUGAGUUGAGAGAACGAAAAGAGCAAGUAUUUGUCAUAUCCUUAUGUUAACUGGGAAAAUAAAGGUGUAAAUGAACCGAAGAUCCUAUAACUCUGAAGUUUCCUCACGAGGGAGUAAAGGAAUUUAUCGGGUCUCCUUCAGCCGUCAAAAGAAGUGCAAAGGGGUUCCACAAACAUGGCAUAUGAAAUUCACAAGGGAAGUGAUGUUACCAAUUAUCCAGAGCUCAACUAUACAUCUUCUGCCGAGCUGCUUUCUAAACUACAUUUGGUAGCUAUGAUCGCCUGUUCACAACCGAAAGUAAAAACAUUGAUCUGAUUGAAUGGUUCUUUUCCAUAUUUAGAAUUAGAGCAUAUCAUGAUGAAUCCAUUUAUGAAAUGCACUGCAAUAAUAUGCUAACCAGAAAGAGGCUACUGCUACCGAUCUUUCCUUGCCAUCUACUGAAAUGAUGCCUACUUCCUCACACCUUACUGGGAAUAAAUGCAAAAGAAAAAGAAGCUUCCGAACUCUGGUACAAUUAACUAAAUCUCUUUCUAGCAUGUCGGAUAUGAAUAUGAACUUUGCUGAUCAGCAGACCAUACUGGCUAGUAACCUACCUGAUUUAAAUGGGAAAGGUGCUAUAUCCAUCCUGUCGGCUGAAGAUUUACAAGUGAGCCAUUCUGAGCAAAGUAACAGAGACGGGUUACCUGAUCCUGGUAGAAUCUUUGUGCCCCUAUCGAGACCAAACAUGGUUUCAUUUGCAUCUGAAAGUAAGCCAGGUCAGAAGAAGAGAGGCGAAAGCCAAAAGUGCCAUCCGGCCAUCCAAUCCCUACAGAACCCAACUCAUCGAUAAAAGGUUUGCAGGAGGCAAACAUGUUUCACCUGAAGUGAAACCCGUGUGGAAGAGGAGGAGGAAGAAAGGAGAGGCUAAUUUAAGCAUGCGAAAUAUAAUUGUGAAUUAUAAUAGAGCAGGAGCAAGUCGAAAACCCCUUGCGAAAACUCUUCACUUGACAUUCAUCCCUGGUUCUUCAAUGCCUUCAAAAGAAUCCCUGGUUGCAACAUUUUCCACGUUUGGGCCAUUGAAGGAAUCCGAGCUUCAGAUAUUUAAAGAUUCUAGUAGUGCCUGGGUUAUAUUUAUGCGAAGUGAAGAUGCUGCAAAAGCAUUGCGGAGUUUAAAGGAGAGCAAUCCUUUCGGUGCUACCCUUACGAAAUAUCACCUUUACAAUGACACUAUUCUAACUACUCGACGCAUGGAGGGAUUCCAAUUGCCUGCAAGUCUUACUGGUCCAGUGCCUCACCUUGCUGAUGCGCCUCCUAUUGACUUUAUAAGGCGGAAUCUCGAGACAAUGACACAAAUGCUAGAGAAAUCGGGGAUAAUCUUUCUCAGAGAUAAAGGCAAAACUAGAGAGUGAGAUUAAAGGACUCUUGAAAAAGGUGUGAUUUCUUAAAUCGGGAUUUAAUUUCGAAAGUUACGGAUUUCUUUGAUCUAUCUGCUCACGCUGAGCAUGGUGAAAUUCAUCAUCAACAUGUUUUGUGGUGUGAUUUGAAGGAGACUACUAUCAACAAUCAUUCUCACCCAUCUCUUGCUUAACAAGAGAAUUCUUUUCUGAUAUUGCAGAAUUUUAACAGCAUGAACAUGAUCAUUCA